GCUCCAGCCUCCUGAGCUUAUAAAAAUGAGCAGGUCACCAGCAAAUACACAGGACACGCAUAGGUAAUGCAUGUUUGUUUCAUACUUUGCACAUAUGCAUGUUAAUUCUAUCCGUGCGAUCAUAAUGCAAUGAAAAGAUGUUUGCUUUUUUUCUUCAUAGCAUUCUCCCUUGCUGACUUUUACUUGAAUUACUCAGUUAGCAUCUUUGUGACAGGUUAAGUAUGAGUAGUAACUUUUACUGACCGCCAAUCAGUCAAGGGAGAUCCCUGCCUGUCACCAAAAGUCAGCUGCAUCCUCAUUAGGAUAAAUUGCAAAAAGUGGACAUCAUUGUCGAGCAGGUUGUGUGGAGAUCAUGUUUGUGACAUUUGUUGCCACUAUGUGAUCUUGUUUGCUGUGUAGGUCUGUCGAGUCAUGGCCCUUCAGAUGCUGACCUUGUUUUUGGCUGCCUACGGUUGGUGGAUGCAUCCUACAGCUUCUAAUAAGCUGCCAGGAUGUCACCUGACCUACCAAAAUGUGAGCUUGGAGAAAGAAGGAUGCCUCUCGUGUAGCCUCGUGGAGACAACCAUUUGUUCUGGAUACUGCUCCACAGAGUACCCUAUCUUCUACGGCUUCCCUAGCGAAGAGCCUCAAGUGUGUAUGUAUGAGCGUGUGCACCACCAACAGUUUGAGCUGUCUGACUGCCUUCCAGGCGUGGACCCUGUGGUCAAGUACCCAGUGGCAUUAAGCUGCAGUUGUGCAGCAUGCUCCAUCCUCACGUCCAACUGUAAUGAGGAACCCAUGGAACCUACCAAACCUGACCUCUGUGCUCAGAUCCCCGCUAAGUAAUUUGUGACCUUUGCAUCACCUACCUUUGUGUCGUCUUUAUGUUUGAGAUUGUGGAAUGGAUAAUAGUAAAGAUAGCAGUUUCAACAGGAACCAUGCAGGAUCGUGUCUUUGCAUGUUUAGACAGAAUGAAUAGCACAUACUAAAUUGUACAUGGAUACUUCAUUUAGAUUUUGUAUUGUGCACUUGUGUUUGAUCAGUUAUGAAGGGAACUAAAUAAAAGCAGUAAUUCAAACUAC